AUGUGGAUAAAAACACGGUUGGUACUUUACCUGUUAUUGCCAUCCAUCGGCUUUUCGGCUGCGUUCGAGAUAGACUUCCUUGGUGUGACUCUUUUGAAUGAACUCAAAGCUAACAGUACUCCACCAACCCCACCUUAUCCUGGUUUACGUGUAGAGUUCAGUUCACCAGAACCACCACCAGACUCAGUUGUUAUCUCUUGGAUGGAAAACCCGCCUUAUGUCACGUUUGACGAAGAGCCAUUAGAAAAGAGUGAAAAUAUAACAAGAUUGGCCUCGUCACAGCCAGGAGAAGCAAUGAACGCAACGAACGAUAGCAGUGGUAUUAACCAAGAAAGUAAACAGGAAAACAAAGACGAAGACGGCAAUCCGACUGGAUUCAGAGUGACAGGCAUCUUUCAGGAAAUUGUGUCCAAGGGACUUCAGAUUUGCCUACCCGUUACUAAAAUCAACUUCAUGAAAAAAGCUGGUAAUCUACAACAGCUUGAUAAAAUCAUUGUGAAAAACGAAGCAGAUCUGGCGCUACCCGUGCAAGGAAGCGGAGAUGGUUCUUACGGAGGGCAUACGUACGUAGAGGUCUUGAAAUCGCCAGGUGUUGUUUUCAUAGUAGAUAAACAGCAAACAUCAAAACAUUUACGAAACCGCGUCUUACAAGCCAUGAAAGAUACCUGGCCUGUUAUUAUUUUAACCUUACUUUUGGCAGGAUUUGCUGGGAUUUUGAUCUGGGGACUGGUAAGUGUGCAUAAUUUUGAUAACUGAAAAAAUAAUCCAGAGAGAUUUUAUUUACUUCGGUAAACGGAAGGUAAAUAUGUUAAUUUAUGGUGGUUAUAUGGAGAGAAAAGCCCCUUUGGAGUCUUUUAUCUUGUAUUGUAAUAGUGGAUGGAGGACUUGUCAAAUUCGGUUAUUCUAUAGACUAGGUAUUAAAUUUGCAAAUCAUGAAUAGUUGGGGAAACAAAUUUGACGAGACACGUGAGGCAAAUCUCUUUAGUACCGUAGCCGAUUGUAAAACUGUUUUCACAACAGGAUCUUUAGUUAUAAUCAUGGUUUAUGUUGCAGAGACGAAAAUCUAAAGCGACAGAAAUUAAAAAGAAGUCAUUUUAAGAGAUGAAACCAAUUAUUCUGGAUUUAGCUGAAGCUUUCAGUUCGCCGACUUCCGCAUCUAAGGAUUAGGAAUUUAAAUCGAUUAUAGUGGCCCUUAAAGAGCUACCUUUAAAAUUUGAAUUGACAAGUGUUACCGGUUAAAGAAGUUAAAGACUGGUUUCCUUGAGUAAGCUUUAGAUUUAGCCACCAAUUUCGGGGCAUCCUUAAAAGACUAAUUUGAAAAAAGAAACUAAUAAAACGCGUUGUUUACAGUGAGCUAACUGAGCCAAGGGCGACGGCUUCAACCAAGAGUUCCUUUCUUAAGCCCUUUCGUAUUGACUUCUUGAGAGAAAUGCGCAGAAACUGAGAAUCGUGAUUCUAAGUUAAGCUAAAAUAUUGCUUUUUUCACCGAACUGAAUACUGAUACGAAACCAAUAUCGUUCUCCGCUAUUUAUACUUAACGACUGGGUCACAAACGUUUUUCAAGCGUAUGAAAACGAACACUGUCGACUAGUCGGCGCCGCUUGGUUCGUUUAAGUUUAGGUGCGUUUAAAAACGCAUAUUUUCCAUUGCACCUGUUAAAUCAAUACUAGAAUAAUAGUUUUAUAUUAUAUUGUUUCCUUAAUUUCAGCUAGUACUUAAGAGCACGUUUUGUUCAUCUGGGAAUCGUAAUGUUUAAACUUAUCGAACGACCUUUUUAAAUAACAAUUUUGCAAUGGUACUUCCUCCCUCUCUCUCUCUCUCUCUUUUUUUUAUUUACAAUAUUUCUUUUUAUUCUCUUCCCCCAAUCUUCAAUAUUUCCCAAAUGCAUCGCCUUCAGACUGAUAUUGCUCCUACCCAGAACAAAACUCGUUCAUCUGAAAAAAAAAAAAAAAAAAAAAAACCAGACUGAAAUGGUAUUACACACUCUUCAGCAAGAACUUAUAGAUUAUAUGUCUCGCUGGAUUUUUAAAAACGUUACUUCCAAACAGACUUCUUUCGUUACUAAUAUAAAUACUGUCCGAUGCUCGAGGAACGCAUGUUAGCUCCAAAGCCAAAACAAGCCAACUGCUACAAUCUUUAAAAAACAAGGGAACCGGAAGAGCGUGUCAACAGCGUGUCCUUGAAGUGAAAAUGGGGAAUUUUACUUCUCUGGUUUUUGGUACGAAUCACGGAAUGGGAGCUGAAUGUUAGUUAUUUCGAUUCUGAAAAACCUAGCUGACAAGCUAUCACGAAAGGAUGGGGAGCCUUACGUUUCAGUAAUGACAUGGUUAAGAACACUCUUGUCUUUUCCAAGUUCCUUUUACUGUUUUUCGCAUAAAUUAAGAACUCUUUAAAGAUGAAGUUGUAUUUUAAUGCAAUACAGUAGAACCCCGGUAACUCGAACUCUGAAGGGACACGAAAAACAGAUUGAAUCUUCAACUUACCAUGUUUUAUAGUUUACUUGUAUCUCAGCACAUCAAUAUACAGCAGAGUGCAAAUUAAGUGACUCAUCAGAAAUUGUAACACGCUUAGGCAUUUUUAUGAUAAUACAUGGAAAUGGAUGACUGCAAAAGCGUGAUCUGUUCGUUGCACUGAUUAAUCUCGCUUGCGUAAGCAACGAUACUCAUAAUCUGCAAUGCAUUUUUCGCCCCGGGGGGUACCUCCCUUAUAUAGGCUAUAUAGGUAUGUGAGGCGCCAAAGGGUAUGGUUUUUUUAGCCGUUUUGGUCUGAAAUAAAGUAUCAAUUAAUUUCGACCAUUUUGGUCUGAGAUACGAUAUGGUUUUUGCACUCCAGUCUUGAAUUGGGUAUGUUUUUUUAGAAGAAGCUACUUCUUCAUCAUUUAGUUUUGAUAAGACAUUUCAUUUCUUCAUCAUCGUUUUCGUCGUAUAGGGGGUAAUUGUGCCAGGCGUUCCGUGCGGAGACCUUGGAGGCUGGGACUCAGACUCGUUGCGUGAUCGAAGCCACGCAUGUUUAGGAAAGAUUAAAUAUAGAGCUUUUCCGAAACGUGCCGGUCCACGAAUUCUAUCGCUUGAAAGCGUUGAUUACUUUGGAACAAGUGAACACUACUGAGUAGUCGGAAAAAAAAAUCUUAAUUGGCAAAACUGCGAUGGUCGAGUGUUGUAAACUUUCAUUGUACGCAAACGGUCAUGUGAUGGGCAUACGAUUCAUUUUCGGCGAUGAUUGAAAUGACGUGCCAUGUAAAUUACUUUUUUGAUCUCUGGCAGUGAUGUAAUUUCUCUGGAAUCGAGGCCCUUGAAUUUUGGUUUUUCGGGAAUGGGACUUAGUUCGAUUUAGCGGGGAGUUCGAAUUAUCCGAAUUCGAGUUACCGGGGUCCUACUGUAGUUAGGAAGCGAACUAAAAAAUUUUUAAUUUUCUUCCAAAUUUUACACUGUGAAAAGCUUGAUGCAUUGGAAAAAUAUUUAAUUUGACAUUUUCUGUAAAUAUAGGGUUCUUUAAAUUUUAUACAAAUUAUUUACUUUAACUUCCAGGAUACAUCUAAAAAUCCUGAUCACUUUCCAGGCUCUUUCACACGAGGCGUGAUGGAGGGAAUUUGGUGGUCUUUCGUGAGCAUGACAACAGUUGGGUAAGAAUAGUUAAGCACGAUGCCUGGCUUCAUUUAAGUCGUGUAAUUCUUGACUAUCGCUAUGACCAAUUGCUUAUGUCUUAUAUAAAUCCAGAUCCAGCUUACUGGUCCGUAAUUGCACCCUUAGGCAUGUCCAAACUCAACAUGCUUAAAACUGGUUUAUUCCAAGUACUACCACGGAUAGUCUGUUGUUUAUUUCCGAUAGUCAGAAAUAAUAACUGAACGGAAGUGGGACGAAAUACGGAAGGGUAAGGGAAAAAUCACAAACAAAAAUAAAAAGCUAUUUAAAAGUAAUGGUUUUAACUCUUUUUGAAGUAAUAUAAGAGAGGCGGUUUUUGAAAGGGCUCACGUAAACGUGAAAGUUAAGCAACGUUCAACUUUUACGUUUACUCGCGACCUUCCAUACCUGACCUCUGUUUCAUGAAUCCAGAGGACCCCCCUCUAUAACCUCAACACCGCUCGUGCUAUGCCCACCAAAAUUACACUGAACAAUGUACGCAUCAUUGCCAACGUUUGGGGAUAACUCGAUCAACGCAAUAAUGUAAUUAUAACGUCAUAUUGUUGAAUUUAUAGGCAGAAUCCAAUUUUCCCUCGAAGUAGACAUAAAGCCGAAAAAAUACUUAGAGUAAGGUGAAAGUCAAGAAGUUGGCUAAAAUAUAAAUAACCUUUAACAAAAGCAGUUAUGCCAUGAUGUCGACGUCAUUUAUACCAAAAUAGGAACUGGAAGUAUCCGCCAUCUUGGAUCCGCCAUUUCGAGUUAACAUUGAAUGUAUUUCAGUUUGCUUGCAUAUAAAUCGAGGGAUGUUUAAGAGAAAACUUGAUCUGAGUAUGAAAGAAUGCCAAGGAAGCAAAAUAACUGCACAAUGUGCAAUUCCGAGAGAACUAAGCGCUGUUGAAAAUUAAACUUACCAUCUCUGGCAUUUGGUCGUAUUAACUCAUGUUUUUUUUCAAACUAGUCACAAAAAGCUUGGAUUUCCUCAACAGUGACAAUAACUUUGAUAAAAUAAUAAUAAUUUAAGUGUAAUAUAAUAAUUGCAUUGGGAAAAGUAGAUUUAAAAUCUAUUUUUAAGAAAAAAAUCUGUAAAUUUUGAAAAGACGUGGAUGCCAAAACUUGCUUGCCAUUGUAACGUCACAACUACUUUAAAAUGUUCCCAAGGUAAUUUUAGUAAAGGUCGAUAAGUUUUGUGGUCACUGCUUGAGCGAUUUUGAAGUUAUUCAAGUUUUUUCGCGACCCCCGCCCCGGUCUGAAUAGGGUUAACUGUUGCCUCCAAAGAAAAUAUUGGAAAGGUUCUUAACGUUAUAAGUGCCAACAAAGCAACAAAGAAAUUUAUUGGCGUGGCGUGCGUAGAUCCUUAAUAGAAACCUCUCACAGGGAGUAAAUUGUCCUAUUAUGUCUUUGAAACCUCUUUUAAAAUAUCCCUCAACAUCAAGAACUGUUAAUCAUCGAUAAUCAUUCUCUCUUGUCAUCUUGGGAACUAUCUAAUGCACAUCCACUAUCGUCCUCUAUAUCUCACAAGGCUUCCUUGAGUUCAGUAAUGUUAAGGCUCUAAGCUAACUUUUGAAGUUCACCCAGGUUGCAGUAUUGGAAGACAGUCAUGCAUACGAGAAAGCUUUGAAGCAGGCUGCCAACGUCAAAGGUAAAAGUCGUUAAACCUUUUCAGACUGAUCAGUCUUUUGAGUCCCCUUCUCCAUUCCCCACCACUCCCCCCCCCUCCUCCCCGCUACUAAAAUGUUAAAUAGCCUUCAAAACGGUGCAAGCUAUGACCGCCAAACUUAACUACUUCAUCCAAAAUUUAUCUGGGAAUAUUUUAAAGUCAUUGUGACGUGUACGUCAUCAUUGACAUUACCAUGGAAUCGAGUUUUGACAGCGAUACCGGUAUUUUUCAAAAUUCUGCUUUUGUUCUGCACUUAAAAGUUUUACCUCAGUCUAUUUCUUGUAUUACACUUAGUUUUGCAUUAUUUUAACAAAUUUAUUAUAACUAUUAAUGUAAUCCAGGGUUUUUAAUGAUCGGAUUUGAAAAAAAAAAAAGAAAACGUGAAUUCUAAAGACCAAAUUCCAGAUGCUAAGUUCACUGAAUUCUCAACAUUGUUCAAGAAAUUUUAUGACUUACAGAUUUUUUGCUUCCUAAGCAUCUUUUUAUACACAGAUCGGAGUUUCUUCUACCGCUAUCUCGAUUCAUACGAGUUUUAAGUAAAACUGAACAAAUUUAAUUGAUUCAAAAUGUCGGGAAUCCAAGGGAUGGAUGGUUCCAGUCCUUUUUUUUAAACAAUAAAUGACGUCAUCAUGACAUCACUACUAUUGUUAAGAUUGUAGAUCAGUGUUAACUAACUUUUCGAUCUUAUGAAACAUCUUACUACUUAAGUAUUUUUCGCUUUAUGGCUACUUCGAGGAAAAAUUGAAUCCUGGCAAUAAAUUCAAAAAUAUGACAACAUAAUGACGACAAAUUUAGUCGUUGCGUCAAUCAAGCUUUGCCUAGACUUUGGAAAUAAUGAGUAAGUUAUUCAGCGGAAAUUUUGGUGGCCGUAGAAUGAGCGGUUUGAAGUUAUAGGCGGGGGACAUCAGAAGCUCCCCGGGGGUCGCAGGUAGCAAAAAAAGCCCAGUCUGAAUAGGUUCGGUAGAGACGUUGUUAUACGUAUCCGUGCAUUGAUAAAAAAAAUAAAUAAAUAAUUUACUUCAAAAUGAGAAAUAAACAACACUUGUAGAUUAUUACGUUUAUCGUCAGAUGAUCAAAUCGUACUCUUUAAAAAUGGCCAGUUAAGAAUAUUGGAAAAAAAUUCUAAAAACAUUUUUGCAAGAUCCUAAGACAUCUAUAAUUCUACGCAAAAGUUCUGCCCCUCGCAGGUUUCAUUAGAUGGUAGAAGCCAAGGAUAUUGUCGCCGAAACUGGGAUAAAAACAUCUACCAUAUUAGACUAGAUGCAAAUUAAAGGGAGUAAUCUACUGGGCUACCAGACAAAAGUCCUCCAGGUUGCUUAAAUCGCCUGACCAAGUAAACGGAACUUAAAUUAAAUUCAAGAAGAGCGUCAACUACCAAUACGCCCUUUGCAGCUAGCCAUUCACGUGGUACAAAACCGUCAUGCUGGAAAGCAAAAGCCUUCCUUACUAGGACAAGACAAGCAAAGGAAAUUACCAAUUAGAAUUAUGCAUGCCUUUUGUUUGUCUUGUCCCAGUGCGACUUUUGCUCUCCAACACGGCGGUUUUGUACCACGUGAAUGGCUACCUGCAAAGGGCCUAUUGUUGAUCUUCUGCAGAGCGCCAUCUUCGCUUCGCUACACUCGCACCAUAGCUAAUCGUAUUUAAUCGAAAGAGCGGAUUUCAGCGUAGAGGGAUUAACAGCACAUUUCUGGUAUUUAAUUUAAUUGGAAUGCAACCUGACUCAUGAACGCUUAGUUAUUUCCUAUGCUGCAGAUUAUACCAGCUUUAACGAAAUGUACGAUGUACUCGUGGUAAAAGAAGAGGUAGAGGGAAUCUUGGCGGACAUCUACACAGCUUCUUACUAUAUGGACAAAGUGGGAGACUCUCGGUUAGCAGUCACCAUGUUUUUUACUUCUCAGCGCUCAAUCGGAUUUGCCUUUGGAAGACCAGAUUUUGAGUUCCUUUCUGAUUGUCUUAGGGAUUUGUUUAAAUAUCGACAGCGAGACAUCAAAAAAAUUAUCCUUCGACACACGCAAGCAUUACAUGUAAGUCAUGUGUAAUUAACAUCGACUCAAAUCAGUGGGCUAGUAUAUAUGGUAUCUAUAAGCGAGGAGGAGUUAUUUCGUCAACUAUGCUACUUGAUAGAGCUUUAAAAGCUAGAACAAAGAGCAAUUUCCCGCCUUUGGUGAUGCGUGAUUUGAAAUGUCAUGGAAAAAUUUGUCGACUAGAAUCUUGAUAAGAUCAAAGAGUUUAGGCAUUCACAUAUUCAGGUUCAGUCUUUGCGCCUGAAGUCAGAUAAGGCUUUCGAAAUCAAUGGAUAUCAAUUUGCACGUGUUUUGAUUGGCUCCCGCAACGUUAGUAGGAAAAAUAUGUUAUACAAGCGAUGAUUUGAUUUGGAUGGCUUGACGUCAUGCCACCUAUUACGUCAUAUCUCGUAGCCAUAGAAACAGGCUGUUGGGCUCCUGUACUCUGUGAAUAAACUUUGCCAAAAUGCGUUUAAGGAAGUAAUAAUAACCUUUUGGACCGCCGGACUGGGUGGUAUUCACUCCCCUUAUCUGCUAAACUGGCAUAUUUUUGUGUUGGUCAAGUUCAAGGCAAAUAGUGGCAAAAUAGAACGGCUUGAGUCAGCCUGAGUGGAAAGAAAAGACUGAGGAGACACACCAACAUACUGCAUUGACGGAUUUGUCCAAAAUACGCGGUUUCGAAGCUUUGAGACUUACGAGCAGUGAUUAGGUUUAAGAGAAAGAAAUUAAACAUUGCUUUUGUUUUCAUCUCAACCUCCCUUUAGACCGAAACCAGGAGCCGUCAAAUAUCAGAUGAAGACGAAGACAGUGUCGCGACUUUACUGGAUGGAAACUCGCCUGGAUUUUGGACUGUAUUUCACGCAAUGUUGACAACCUUUGUCACGUUGUUAAUAGCGGGUUUCCUUUACGAGUCGUGUGCUGCAAAGUGUAGGAAAAAGAGGCUAACAAGUAAG